AAAUGGAGCCUGAUCCAGAAUGUAUGUCAUUGCAGCAGCUCUAUUUAUUAAAUAACAACUUGGAGAGGCUUAAAUGUGACGCUGUUAUCAAGCUACAUGGACUCCAGAAAGUUAACCAUGAUCUGUUAACUGAAAAUGCUAGGUUAAUACAAAGAACACGUGAAUAUGCAAGACAAAAGCGUGAGAAUGGACAGAAGCAGUUAGGGCGUAAUCACGCAACUCAGCUACCAGCACAGUUUGGAGCAACCACAUUCAACGAACAGAUGAACCCAGGUGCCCUGAAAGGUGUAUAUACCCCGGCCCACAAGAACAGUCCAAUAACAGUUUCAGUACAAAUGGGACCCAACUUCACAGCCGUGCUGGAAACUGCAAUAUCGCUUAACCAGGCGCAACUAAUGGAAUUUUACAAAGCAGAUGCAACACAUAUCGAUUACAGAAUGAUAUUGAUUGAGACUAAAAAGGGCAUUGUGGAAAAUGCUUCAACAGUGGUCACGCGUAACCCCAAAGUCACCCUUCUUAAACUCCAGGAAGGAGUGAAGUACCACGCAACGGUGCACUGCACAGUACCUAACUCGGAAUGUCGCCUGACCGGAGAAGCCACAUUCGUGUAUAAAUACGUUGCCCCGAAGCAACCAAUGGUACAACCGGAUCAUACAGAAGCGACCCUGCCUGACACCCAGGCACCAAUUAGCGUGGACAAUGAAUCUUACAAGAUGAAUGUACAAGUUGGUGAGGAUGAAUACUUAACUUGUAAUUUCAACAACGAGGAUGAUUUGACACAGAUCGCACAAAGUUUCAUCAAUAAUAACAGAUUGAAGCCAAUACUUCUAGACGGCCUAGUCACUGCGCUAGAGAAUUUAAAACUCUCCGGAGUCACUAUACGCAAUGUAGAUGUGUCCGAUCUACUAUAGGAUCGUCUACGUGGUACUCAGCAGUAUUCACGCCAACGCACAUGUAACGAUGGUAAUAGCUAAUAGUUUCACAACGACAU